CUUUCUUUCGAGGCCGGAGCCGCCAUCUUGCAGUAAUUCGCCAAAAUGACGAACACAAAGGGAAAGAGGAGGGGGACCCGCUACAUGUUCUCCCGGCCUUUUCGCAAACAUGGUGUUGUCCCACUGGCUACUUAUAUGCGCAUCUACAAGAAAGGUGAUAUUGUAGAUAUCAAGGGCAUGGGGACAGUACAACAAGGUAUGCCUCAUAAGUGUUACCACGGCAAGACCGGAAGGGUGUAUAACGUCACCCAACACGCUGUGGGGAUUAUUGUAAACAAACAGGUCAAGGGCAAGAUUCUUGCCAAGCGGAUUAAUGUUCGAAUUGAGCAUAUUAAGCAUUCUAAGAGCCGGGACAGCUUCCUUAAGCGUGUGAAGGAGAAUGAUCAGAAGAAGAAGGAAGCCAAACGGAAGGGCAUCUGGGUUGAACUGAAACGUCAGCCCGCUCCACCCAGGGAGGCCCACUUUGUGCGAACCAACGGCAAGGAGCCCGAACUGCUGGAACCGAUUCCCUAUGAAUUCAUGGCAUAAUGUGCGUAUGCGUGAAAUAAAACUUUUGGACUAAGGAG